GAAAUCUAAUCGACCCCAACCCACCUUGAUACAUCGCGUCGACAUUUUCCAAUUCGCAUUGUCAUGGCCAAGCUCGUCGCCCUCGCUGCCCUCGCUGCCUCUGUCUCCGCUCAAUCCGAAAUUAUCAACGGCACUGAAGUCCCCAUCGGCAAGUUCACGUACGUGACGGGCAUCCGCAGGAGUGAGACCGGUCCGUCCGGCUGCGGAGCGUCCUUGAUUGCACCCAAGUAUCUCCUCACCGCCGCUCACUGCGCCGGCGCGUGGGCCUCUUACGCCUCGAUCGCGUCGCACUACUUGAGUGGCAACAAGGACGGUGAACGCAUCAAAAUCGUCAAGCAAACCGUCCACCCUAAGUUCAACGAAGCCACGAUGGAGAAUGACUUUGCCAUCUUUGAAUUGGAAACCGAAUCCAAGGUCGCCCCUGUCCCGCUGAACUGGAUCGACGACGACGCGACCGCCCCCGGCAUCGUGGCGUGGGUGCGUGGCUUCGGCACGACCAAAUCGGGUGGGACGCAAUCCCCUGUCCUCUUGGAAGCUGACGUCAAGAUUUGGUCCAAUGCCGACUGCGCCAAGGCUUUGGCCGGCGAAGGCGACAUCUUGCCGUCCAUGAUGUGCGCGGGUGGCGCAGACAAGGACACGUGCCAAGGCGACUCUGGCGGACCGUUGACCAUCAUCCGCAACGGUGUCGAGUACCUCGCCGGUGUGACGAGCUGGGGCGUUGGUUGCGGCGAUCCUGGUUUUCCCGGCGUGUACGCGCGCGUGUCGACCGCCCGCGACUUUAUCACACCGUACUUGCCUGUCACCCCCACCACUACUAUGCCUGCUUGUUAAGCAGCGUGUGAUAACUCCGUUGUACUUGUUAAUGACACGUCUGAUCUUGCUUCC